AUGUUCAUCUCAUUGUUUAUCUUGUCAACAAAUCUUCUGGUAGUGCUCUCUGCAGGGCAUAUGAAGCCCAUCGACUGGAAUAACUCCUUUAUGGCAGGAAUUCGAAGCUUUUUAAGCGGUAUAUCCGCCUCCAAAAAAGCUUUUGCAACUUUUUCAGGUAACUGUUCCUGGAUUAACUGUUUUUUUCUCGAUUCCAAUAUGGUCUGUUCGUUUGAUAAAUGCGAAUUUGUACUGAUAUGUUGCUUAAUUCCUGAUAAAUUCAGGAAAAUGGCCCUACAACGACAAAAUUUACACAUAAGUUUAUUGUAUCGUAGUACAAUCCCAUGCUGCUUAAACCUCAUUGCAUACUCCUUUAACAUUUUCGUUUUUGCAUAA